GUUGGGGUUAGAUUUUAGAGUGAGACUUGCUUCAGAACAGAAGGGUGAUUUCUGCUUCUGUUUAUAAUUCUUUACAUAAAAAUUAUCGUUAUAACAUUAACUGUUGAGAAACGCAGGGAGGAGGGAAAAUGGGGGAUAUUAAAUCCUUUUUCCAUCAAUGGUGCGCAAAAAAUGGCAAAGAACCACAAUUUGACGUUCGACCAACAGGGCCGAAGCAUAGACAACGUUUCCUCUGUGAGUUGCGAGUCCCCGGGUUCGACUAUGUUGGUGCAGGAAACUCAACGAACAAGAAAGACGCCCAGGGAAAUGCAGCAAAGGAUUACGUCAACUACUUAGUUCGUACGGAUCGUGUGAAUCCCAACGAUGUGCCCAGAGACAACACGACGGUGCCUUCGGGCGCGAUGGUCGGACCCGACAACUACAACAAGCCGGACACUUCGAUGCCGAUAAAAUCAGUAUUCCAAGGCGGCAUGGGUCCCAACGACAUCGGCCAGGCCUACAGGCCUUACAACGAGCAUGGCCAGAACAAUUACACGUACAUGGACCGACUGGCCGAUCAGAAGAGGGUGGAGGACGCCGAGGACGUGGAUGUGAAUUCCGGGAUACAUGGAAACUGGACGAUAGAAAACGCCAAGUCCAAGCUCCAUCAAUUCAUGCAAACUAACAAAAUUAAUGCUGAUUACAAGUAUACCCCGGUCGGUCCGGAUCACACGAGGAGUUUUAUGGCAGAGAUGUCAAUUUAUGUCAAACAACUUGGACGAAGUAUAACUGGUCGUGAAACUGGAUCGAAUAAACAAACAGCGUCUAAAAGCUGCGCUUUGUCUAUUGUUCGUCAAUUAUACCAUUUAGGUGUUAUUGAACCAUUCAGCGGUACAUUAAAAAAGAAUAAAGAUGCUGAGCAAAUGAAACCUUAUCCCGUGAAAAUUUCACCAGAACUGGAAAGUCAGAUUCAGGAAGUUCUAAUGAGUUUGGAUAUAAUACCAAUUGAUAUUCAACAGCCACCACCUGUGAUCAAAGAGGAAAAUAACGCAGCUGCCGGCGUGUCCUUGUUGACGAAUCAAGUCCUGGACGAUUUCAUAUCCUCGGUGCCGCAGCCAGCCGGCGUGGUGAGCUGGUCGCCACCUCAGCCGAACUGGAAUCCAUGGACCGGGUGUAACAUUGACGAGGGCCCGUUGGCCUCGACCUCUCUGGACCAGCUGUCGGAGGAUCUGAUGAACGAGCAGCGCGACAAGCUGCAGCAGGACUCGAGUUUGCAGGCCAGCAUCAAGGAGAGAUCCAAGCUGCCCGUGUUCGCCAAGAAGAACGAGAUCAUGAACGCGAUCAACGAGAACCCGAUCAUCAUCAUCCGCGGUAACACGGGAUGCGGCAAGACCACUCAGGUCUGCCAGUUCAUCCUGGACGACUACAUCGCGUCCGGCCAGGGCGCCUACUGCAGCAUCGUCGUCACCCAACCGAGGAGAAUCUCGGCGGUGUCGGUGGCCGACCGGGUCGCCAUCGAGCGAUGCGAGACCCUGGGCCAAUCGAUCGGGUAUUCCGUAAGAUUCGAGUCCUGUCUACCGCGGCCCUACGCCAGCGUCAUGUUCUGCACCGUGGGUGUGCUCCUGAGGAAGCUCGAGGGCGGUCUCAGAGGCGUCUCGCACGUCAUCGUCGAUGAGAUCCACGAGCGAGACGUCAACUCGGACUUUAUCAUGGUCGUCCUCAGAGACAUGAUCCACCUCUAUCCCGACCUCCGGAUCAUCCUCAUGUCGGCUACGAUCGACACGAGCCUCUUCAGCGAGUACUUCAACAAUUGCCCCGUCGUGGAGGUCCCGGGCAGGGCGUAUCCCGUGCAGCAGUACUUUCUGGAGGACUGUAUACAGCUGACGAAUUUCAUCCCGCCGACAAUGUCCGGGAAACGCAAGUCCAGGGACUCGGACGAGCUGCCCACGGCUGAUGGAGAGCCGGAGGAGAACCUGAACAAGGUCAUAGAUAACGGCUAUUCCGCCGAGACCAGGAACUCGAUGGGGCAGCUGACGGAAAAGGAGAUCAGCUUCGAGCUGAUAGAGGCUCUGCUGACCUACAUUAAGAGGCGGGAGAUCCCGGGCGCGGUGCUGAUCUUUUUACCCGGUUGGAACCUGAUUUUCGCUCUAAUGAAGCACUUUCAGCAGCACCCGGUCUUCGGCGGAUCCUCCUAUCUUAUUAUUCCGCUGCACUCGCAGCUGCCCAGGGAGGAUCAGCGCAAGGUCUUCGACCCCGUGCCGCCCACCGUGACGAAGAUUAUCCUGUCGACGAACAUCGCCGAGACUUCGAUCACGAUCAAUGACGUCGUCUACGUCAUAGACUCCUGCAAGGCGAAAAUGAAGCUGUUCACGUCCCACAAUAAUAUGACCAAUUACGCGACCGUCUGGGCUAGCAAGACGAAUCUGGAGCAACGAAAGGGUCGAGCGGGUCGCGUCAGGCCGGGCUUCUGCUUCCACUUGUGCUCGAAGGCCCGGUUUAACAGGAUGGACGAGCACAUGACGCCGGAGAUGUUCAGGACGCCUCUGCACGAGCUGGCGUUGAGCAUCAAAUUGCUGAGACUGGGCAACAUCGGCCAGUUCCUAUCGAAAGCGAUCGAGCCGCCUCCCAUCGACGCUGUGAUCGAAGCGGAAGUGGUAUUAAGAGAAAUGAAAUGCUUGGACAAGAACGACGAGUUGACACCUCUCGGCAAGAUCCUGGCCCGUUUGCCGAUAGAGCCGCGCCUGGGGAAGAUGAUGAUCCUGGGCUGCAUGUUUCGCGUGGGCGACGCGCUCUCGACGAUGGCGGCGAACAGCACCACCUUCCCGGAGGUGUACAACAUGGGUCCGGACGUGAGGAGGCUCACCGCCCAGCAGAAGUGGUUCGCCGGGGCGAGAUACAGCGACCACGUGGCGAUGUUUCACGCCUUCCAGGCUUGGGAGGAGGCGAGGACCGGCGGCGAAUGGGCGGAGCAGGCUUUCUGCGAGUCCAAGAACCUGAGUCUGCCGACUUUGCGAAUAACGUGGGAAGCCAAGAAUCAGCUGCAGGCGCUGCUACAGAGCGCUGGCUUCCCCGAAGAGACCCUCUGCCCGACUCCGUUGAACUACCAGGCCGGUUCGGAUCCGCGUUUGGACACCAUCACCGCAUUGCUGUGCAUGGGCCUCUAUCCGAACGUGUGCUUCCACAAGGAGAAGCGGAAGGUCCUCACCACGGAGUCCAAGGCCGCGUUGAUCCACAAGACGUCGGUGAACUGCAGUAACUUCGAGCAAAACUUUCCCUUCCCAUUCUUCGUAUUCGGCGAGAAAAUUCGUACGAGAGCCGUGUCUUGCAAACAAAUGACCAUGGUGUCGCCCAUCCAUUUGCUGCUGUUCGGAUCCCGGAAAGUGGAAUACGUGGACGGUAUGAUUAGGUUGGAUAACUGGAUCAAUUUAGACAUGAAUCCGCAGCACGCGGCGUCCAUAGUCGCCCUACGACCUGCGCUGGAGAGCCUCGUGGUCAGGGCAUCUAAGGACCCGGAAACGAUUUUGGAGUUGAAUCCCACCGAGGAAAAGGUGCUGAGCGUGAUCAAGUCUUUGUGCAGCAUGAACGCCUGUCGUCACGAAUUGGAGCCGAUUACUGGCGGCAGUUUCCAGUCGCGUCGUCCACCUAGGGAGCACCCGACCGGUUUUCACUCCAAUCAUGGAUCCCCCGCGAAAUUGAUGCGCGGAAACGGCGGCUAUCGCGGAUCACUGUUCACCAACAGCAAUAAUUACAGAAGUGGCGGUAGCGGCGGCGCUUUCGGAGGUGGUAACAACAGCGGUUACAGCGGAGGAUAUAGAGGAGGCUACAACAACAGGGGAUACGGGGGUUCGCGAGGAGGUCGCAGAGGAAACUGGAGCGGCGGCGACGGAUUUCGCGGUCGCUAUUAACUAAUUUUUAUUUUACGACAUUGAUAUAUCGAUCGUUAUCACUAUAAAUUAUAUAUAUAAUCUAGAAUUAUAUUUAGAUAUAGAAAUUAUACAGGGUGUAGGCGGAAAUCGUGGCGUACAAGAAAAAUGAUCUCGACAAGAAGAAAUGCGAUUUUUUUAUUAUCGUACAAAUGUGGAAUGCAAUUUUUUUCAUACAAUAUAUAUGCUUAGAGUUUUUCAAGAUUUUAGGUCUUCUUGUACGGAAAAAUUUCAUUCUACAUUCUUCUUGAUUGAUAUGAGGAAUAUAUACGUCCUAAUACACCUUAUAUAUUAAUAUAUUAAUAUAUCAAAAUAUGGCGUAUAGUUGAUAUGAGUGAAUCAGCUGGUAUCAGCUUAAGAUUGUAAUCUCGAUAUUAUACAAAUGAUGUUUAUAUGUGGUCCAAAACUUUUUUUUAAUUCAUCGUUUAUUGUAUCGUGUACAGCAAUGGUGAUUAUAAAUAAAUUUACGACAUGCUCGUCUCGCAUAUAUCCACAUAA